UGGUAGAAAGUGAAUUGCAUAACGGUAUUCCACGUCCAUACAUAAUCAUGUUAAAUUGGGCAAAAAAAGAUAGGCAAGGUUGAAGCAAUGGACCAUUCUGAGCAUACCGGAGACAAACAUGCAUGUUGCAAAUCCGCUGCAGUUCGAACCAGUGUUUGCCAAUCAUUGUCGGAAAUGGACUUCGAGCGAGGGAUCUGGUACGCUGCUCAAACAAACGACCUGGAUCGCGUGAACAACUUAUUGAAAAAAGGAACUUCAGCAUCUGCGGAAGAUUUGGCUGGAUAUACUCCGUUACAUUAUGCAGCUCGUAAUGGUCAUUAUAAAAUCUGCGAGAUGUUGCUUGAAAACGGAGCCAACGUGAAUGCCAUAACACGUUCAGGCCGAGCAACUGCUCUUCAUAGAGCUGCCAUGCAGGGCCAUCAGGACAUCGUGAAACUAUUAUUAAAUGCAAAAGCAGAUCCAAACAUGAGAGACGAUGAUGGAUAUACGGCUCUUCAUCGUGCAGUUUUGGCAAAUUCCAGUUCUGUAUGUAAACUACUGAUCCCACGUACGAAUCCGAAGUCUUUGGACAAGAAUGGACGAACAGCGUUACAGCUUGCGGUAGAAAAAGGUUAUCAAAUUCUUGUCAAGAUGUUUGAUCCCAACAGUUUGUGAUAUGCACGAGUUCAACAACUUUCGGGCAACAGCCGGAUACUAAAGAAGCUGGAACUGCGUUUUAAUGUCGUUGAAUGCAUAUAGAUUUCCUAUCACUGCGUACACAUUUGUGUUUCAAGUGUAAUGAUAAGAUAUUGAAAUCAGCGUAUAUACAUAAAUGUGCUGCUUAUGAGUUUUCUUACGUAAGCUUACUUUUCAUAAGGUACAUAAACAGUAAGAGCAACGGAAUGUCUUGAUGUGUAUCAGCUCCGUUUGUAAAAACGUUGCGCAUGUGAGAAAUUGCCCAUGUUCGAAUACUUCCGUAACUCGUGGAACCGACGAAUUUAACUAAAAUCCCAGUUCUCAA